UUGCUUCGAUGCAGUUCUAAAUGCCUUGCACCCCUCUCAGCUACAAGGUCGAAACUCGAAAGACUUUUUUUUUUUGUCCCAAAAGCCCACUAAUAGGGGUUACUUGUGCUUGUAAGCAGAAUUUCGUGAUUGAAAGAUAAGAGCUAAUGGAAACUGCUGCACCCACAACAAUGAGAUGGCAGGCGCAUUUGCUCCAUAUCCUAGGAAACCAACCCAAAAUGUCAGUAAGACCACAACGCUAUUAACGAUGUACUGAGCAGGGAGGAAAGCAGUGUGUGUUCAGCUUUCCUGGAAGCCCAUCUCUGAGGUAUUGGUUGGGGUUGAGUCUCACCUCUGAAGUAUCGUUCUGUCGCUUGCUGUCAAGUCUUCACAAGCAGACGGCAGGAAAGCCAGUGCAGAGACGUGCGUUCUUUUAUGUGGCAGCACAAUCAUCCCACCAAGAAUACUCUGUGUGCUAUUGAAACUGCUGUAUCACUGUUUACUAACAGACUGUGUCUCAUUAAGACUAAAUCAGAGGAAUAAUACCAUUUGAUAAUGACGAGUUUAUUCUCUAAAACGAUUCAGAUUUGUGCGACAUCUCUCUCUCUGGUUCAAAUUUCAAGUUUCAAUUUGUCAAACCAGAAAGGCCAGUAAAGAAACUCAAAAGUAUGUCACCUGGACAGCUAGACUUUUUACACUUUUCUAACAUCCAGUGCAGGUGUUUGUAGUUGCUCAAGCUUUCCUUUUGUGGAAUUUGUGAAAAAGUUUCACGUCUCAAGUGACUUGUAAGGUGGUUAGUGAGGUGAGGGUCAAUUGAAACCUCUAACUUCCUUUCUUCUCAGACUUUGUUGCACAGUACACUCAUAUAGUUGACUUAGUAACCAUAGAAAAACCAAAAUGUUUGAUAACAUUUAAAUUAAAAGUUACAUGGCUAUAUUUUGAAAAAAACACAAAAAAAAAAACACACAAAACAACCCAGAGGAAAUAAGCAGUGGUUAAAAUUUUCAUGUAAAAUGACAUACUCUCUUCAGUGCGUGGGAGGGUUGUGGGUGGUGAAUGCCUUGACAGCUGAAGUUUCUUUUAAGUCAGAGGUGCUCAGACAGAAGCACACACCUCCUUUUUGCAGAGGACAUAGAUGCACAUAUCUGUCACACAUCACAGAUUAGUGGUAUGGCCUGCACCGUGAACUUUGAGCCGAACUAUCCGUUUCCACAAGUGUUUCUUGUGGAUGGAGGAGGAGGAAGACCGCAGGAUUCUGCUCAGCCUCCAAAUCUUAUACCCUGCUGGUCCUUCCCGCCUGCCCAGGAGAGAAUGAAGGGCCGUGGAAAGAGUAAGGGCUGCAUGGGAAUCAGCCCCGGGCUGGCACUGGUCGUGCUGUUUCUGUUCCUGCUCGUGUUUGCAGCCCUGGGAUUUGAAGCCUUUAAGAUUUCCAGGAUAGAGGACCAACUGAGGAACAGCGAUGGAGAGGUGAACCAACCUGCGGCUGAGUUUAGUGCACCCCAGAAGCAAAUCGGUCUUGAUGAAUCUGGCCUUUAUGGCCAAGACAAAAGCAAAAGAGUUGCAGCACAUGUCAUAGGGCGAAUUGAGGAAACCGAACACCCUAAGACUUUGAGAUGGGAUUCAAAGACGGGUCAGGCAUUCACCAACGGAGCAGUGGCAUAUCUCACUGCAGAUGGUGCUCUGCAGGUCAAUGAGACCGGAACCUACCACAUUUACUCACGGGUUGAGUUGAUCUUUAAGCAAUGCUCGCCUACGUCCUCAUUUGAUCACACUGUGUUUGUGAGGAGAAUAGCACAUACUGCACCUCUGACUUUGAUGAAAGCCCACAGGGCGGGUUUCUGCCCUCAGCACACGAGCUACUCGUGGACCACAGAGAGUUACCUCGGCUCGGUCCAGCUGCUGAAAAAAUAUGACAGAGUUUAUGUGAAUGUAUCCCACCCAAAGUUACUUAGUCACUCGCAUUAUGGCAACUUCUUUGGUCUAUACACAAUCUAAAGAAUCUGGGGUGUUGGGCUGUGUGUCCCAUAUUGAAAUUGUACGCAACUGAAUGUAAACAACUCAGGCAGAAGUGAAACUUACUCAUUACUUUACUUGACUGAUAUAUUGAAUGUCAUUUCUAUCAUAACUGCACUCUGCAUAAUAUGCUCUGUGAAGGUAAAAACAGGGAAAUGGUGCACAUUCUCGUGAAUGGCACCUUAAAAAAGGCAGUGACAUUAAAUGAACCCUUUGACACAUGCAGAAAGAAGUAUUGUGUGUUUUGUUGAUAAUGGGGAGUCACUUAACACUAAAGUGCUGAUUUAAUCUCAGCAUUUUCUAAGUAUUUAUUUUGGUUUUGAUCUAAAUAUUUGUCUAUAAAACGAAUGUUGUUCUACUUGAGUUUAAAAAGUAUAUACUCCUAUUUUCUUUCAACAGGAGAUGAAAGAGCAAACAGAUUUGUUAAUAAAUAAAGUAUUUCCAUUUGA